AUGAUUCUGUGCACUCAUUUAAUUUAUGCUUUUUCCGUCAUUAAUCAGGCGAAUGAGUUGAUCAAGUACGAAUGGAAUGAUGACACUCUCUAUAAAUCUUUCAAUGGACUAAAGGAAAAAAAUCCCAACUUGAAAACUCUCUUGGCUGUCGGGGGAUGGAACUUUGGCACAACUCAGUUUACUAUCAUGGUGUCCACAUCAGCAAACAGGCAGACGUUUAUUCAGUCCUCCAUCACAUUUCUGAGGAAACAUGGCUUUGAUGGUCUGGAUCUGGACUGGGAGUAUCCGGGUUCUCGUGGAAGUCCUCCAGAAGACAAGCAAAGGUUCACUCUGCUCUGUAAGGAGAUCUUGGAAGCUUAUGAGGCAGAGAGUGCUGCCACUGGACGCCCCAGACUCAUGCUCACUGCUGCAGUGGCUGCUGGGAAAGGAACCAUUGAUGCUGGUUAUGAAAUUGCAGAAAUUGCCAAGUAUUUGGACUUCAUUAAUGUGAUGACCUAUGACUUCCAUGGCUCAUGGGAAAGUGUCACUGGGCACAACAGUCCUCUGUACCGUGGCUCUGGAGACACAGGAGACAAUAUCAACUUCAAUACUGUCCUGUUUACUAUCAUGGUGUCCACAUCAGCAAACAGGCAGACGUUUAUUCAGUCCUCCAUCACAUUUCUGAGGAAACAUGGCUUUGAUGGUCUGGAUCUGGACUGGGAGUAUCCGGGUUCUCGUGGAAGUCCUCCAGAAGACAAGCAAAGGUUCACUCUGCUCUGUAAGAUUUUGGAUCUUGAUGAUUUUACAGGACAGUUCUGUGGGCAGGGCACAUACCCUCUCAUUGGACAUCUCCGUACACUUCUUAAUAAUGAUAUUCAACCUCUCUCUCCAAAUACAACACAUGAGCCUGGUAAGACCACAACAACAGCAUCCACUGCCGUAUUUCAAUCCACAAGACCUCAUGUUGUCCCGACAGCUCCGUCAGAGUUCUGUCUAGGCAAACCAGACGGGUUAUAUGUAAACACACAUGACCUGACGACCUUCAUUCAGUGUUCUAAUGGCAGGACCUUUGUAAAGAGCUGCCCUACAAACACUGUCUACAAUCCUGACUGCUUGUGCUGUGACUGGCCUAAGAAUUAACCUCGUGUUGUCACUGUUCCACUCCUGCAAAGAUAUCCUGUGGAAUUUUGGCAGUAUUUUUUAAUUACUAUUUGCAGCCAGUAGUGGUGCAAAAUUUUUACACUUUACCUUUAAGUAUAGUGUUCAUGUCUUUAAAUUUAACAGACAGUCAAUGAUAUAAUACUACUUUCUUAAAAUAAUAAUACGCUUAAGAAAGUCUUAAGAAAUGAGCACAGCCUGUCUAAUAUGUCUGAAUAAAACUAACCUGAUUAAGCAUUAAUUGUCUGAAUUUUUUA